CUAAAUCCUAAUAACAUGGCGCCGAGGAAGACUGAUCGGGUGGGCUCGAAACCACGAACGGAGAAGAAAUUGGGGGUUAGGGUUGAAGCAAGACGAGCGAAAGCUGAGAUGGGGAAGGUAAAGGAAGAACAAGGAUGCUUGAGAGACGAGAAGAGGAAAUUAGUGACCAAGUUCAAUGAGAUCGCGAAACAAUGCGACGAACUGAAAGAAGAGACUGAAAUGAUCGUGAAGCAAUCGGCCAUCACUCGAGCCAAGCUCCUUCUCAUGUACGGGAUCUUGAAGGCGCGUGAGAGUGGAGAUCUGGUUCAAGCUGCUAUUCUCACUCGUUUCCUUCGUGAGAUUGUUGCCAUGGAAAAAGCCAAUGCAAUCUUGGACGAAGCCGAAGAUGAAGAUGAUGAUCCAUAGGCUACGGCCCCAAUGCAGAUUUCGAACGGCACUAUUAAUCCUCGAAUUCAAACC